GGGGACGCGGCGCAGCUACAAGUGUGGGGUCGAAUUGUAUGACUCCUUGGCACUUUCUUCAUCUCUGCUCAUCAAACAACGACCAUCUCCUGAAGCACCAAUAAUCACACAUUCAGAAACAUAAGGCUCGCCGUAUCGGAAUCAUUUCUUGGACGUUUACUCAUCAGGUUUAUCGAUGGGCGAUCUCCCGGAUAGUGGUACUCCUCAAGACAAGGGCGCCGCUCCUAAUGAAAGACUAUUAUUCGCAGCCAAGCAAAACUCGGAGGAUUUAUUCAAAGAAGUCGAAGAGAACGGAGGAUACGAUAUCAAUUACCAAGACAAUUUAGGGAACACGGCUCUACAUUAUGCAGUGAUAAGACAAUCGCCACAUGUGAUGGAGUUGAUCCUCGAACACGAAGGGGCCGAUGUGGAUCUACGAAAUAAGGAAGGCAAGACCCCGUUGCUUUGUGCUGUUGAGAUCGACCAUCCGGUGGCCAUGUUUGAGAUCAUGAGGUCUUUACUGGAUGCCGGCGCCGACACGAGACUCCGAGAUAAGAGGACGAAAGAGUCAUUGACCGAUAAGUUGCGCCAGCGGAUUCGGACCAGACGACAGGUCAGCGAGGGUGCGCCAGGUUCGGGCGAUGAGGAAGCUCGGCUGAUGAGGAUAAUCGAGGAGGCCGAGGCCGCCGGCCAGAUCGAUCAAGAUGAUAUCGCCAGCGAGGACGACUCGUCUGGUCCUCGGGACGCGCCCUCGGAUGAUGAGGAUGUAGCUUCUGAUUGA